AUGACUCGAGGUAGAGGUACAGGUCGAGGAAGCAUAGUGCAUGUAGGCAAGUCAGCAGCUAGGAGUAAUAUUCCUGUUCUUACUGCAAACAUGCCUACUAUUCCCACUCCUGCUGUUACGCCUCAAGCAUCUGGUGACAUAGGUGGUCCAACUUCUAAUCAUGGUAGUAACCCUACAACACCUGAAUCAUCUCCCACUUCUCCAAAUCAGAGCAACCCAAUAGUUCUAGGUACGUCUUCACAAACCAACCAAGUAGGUGAAGACGUAUCUCGUAGCAACAUAAAUGGAGAAAGUAAUUCCAGUAGAACCUAUGUGCGGACCCUUGUUACUAUAACUUCUGCAGGCAUACACGAGUCUUUCAAAAGUGAACUUUAUCACAAUGGAAUCAAUUGGAAAGGUGUCGCAUGUGAUAUAAAAGAUGGCUAUUUUGGGGAAUUCAAGAAACACUUCUAUUGGGAUUCUUCCAUUAGUGAUGCUGCAGUAAAGAAACAGUGGCAAAUUAAGGCAGCAAUUGUGUAUAGAAAUUUCAUUGCUAAACUUAAAGACAAAGGGAUUAGUCAAGAUUUUAGACAUGAAGAUGUCUGGGAAAGCUGGCAGCGACUUUGGAAAGAUCCUAAGUGUGUUGAAAAGUCAAAAAUAAAUGCACAGAAUCAUCGUGGUGGCAAAGAAGUUGCUGUUGGAACUAACACGGGAGGAUCUAUCUCAAUUGGAGAGUAUCAAAAGAGACUUGAAAGAUAUGAAGAAAUAUUACGAGAAAAAAUAUUUUCAGAAACUAAUAUUGAUCAAAUUAAAGCAUAUUACCAAACUGCCGGAGGAGAAAAAAAGCGAAGAGUAUUUGGUCUUGGAUCUGAAGCAAAAAGCUACUAUGGGCAAACUCUUUGUGUUUCUUGUGGAAAGACUUCAUCUUCAGCUUCUCAUUAA